GCGCGAAAUCCGUUCCCUACGUAUCGGGCCAAAGUAGUUUGCGGUUCAUCGUAAUUCUCUUCUGCAAGUCUCGCGGAAAUGGAAUCAGUGAAACGUGCUAAUCAACGGCUCCGUAACUAUCCUCUGCUGAUGGCCAAGUGUUCGGUAGCGGCGGCUGCCUACGCUACAUGCGUUACGACCGAUCUUAAUGUGGCCCAUCGGUCUUGCGAUAAAGAGUUUCACAACUUCAAAGAGUGCAUGAGAAAAGCCGCUAUCGAUAUGAAAACAAAACUAUAG